AAAGUUCAGCCUACACGGGUUCCGGUCCCGCUCUUCUGCCUCCGGUGAGCUUGACGCAGCGGGGGAGUCCAAUGGAAGUCUAACCGGAGGAAACAAUCGGGACCGAUUUAGGUUGAAAACCGGAGCUGGUUCCGUUCGAUUGGGUCUUGAGCUGUUCUUUUCCUCAGCAGUCCGCCUCCGCUGUUCCGUGUGUUCCGUUCACAGCCCGCCAACCCGCCGUCAGGGCGUCUGUCCGGCCUUGUUUAUACCGAGCAGGCCCGGUCCUGGAGCCCGUUUAACGGCCGUCUGAGGCGGGCUGCAGCGGAGAGAGUUCUGCGGCGGAUCGGCCCCUUUAGCUCCACCAAAGAAUAUGACCCAGAUGCAACAAUGACAUCCAGAUUCGGUAAAACUUACAGCCGCAAGGGAGGCGAGGGCACGUCCAAGUUCGACGAGGUUCUGUCCACCAAGAGAGGCACCCUCAGCACCAAAUGGGGCGACACCACCUACAAGGCCAAGGUGGGCGCCAAGCGCGCCGGCGCUCCCAAGAACGACUCCGUCCUGGGGGUCUACAAGAGGCCCCGUCAGUCCGAAGACGGCUCUGAGGAUCCGUUUGGGUUCGACAGCGACGAGGAAUCCAAGCCGGUGUCGUCUCGCAGCAGCAGCAAGUCGUCCCCCGCCAAGCCGUCCUCGGCGGAGCCUCCCCGGGCAGAGAGGCCGGGCCUGUCUUUGGACCUGGGGAGCAGGUCGAGCGUCCAGGGAGGAUCCCACGCUUUGACGUCCGCUAGAGGGGAGUCAUGGCUGGGUAACGACAAGAGUCAGCCCAAACUGCUGGUGGACACGGCUCGGUUCUUCAACAGCAGCGCUGCCAUAGGGAAGUCCCAGCAGAGUUCCUCGUUGUCAGAGAACCAGCACAGCUACUCGUGGUACCAAAACGCUUCUGAGAGCGACAAGAAGCCCCUGGCACAGACCACCACCCUAAAGACGGGCUCCAAGGCGGAGUCCACCUACGACUCCUGGGAUGCCAUCAUGGGUCUCCGUCCGCCCUCGCCGAGCCAGGAACCUCGCAACCCGGCCCCCACGCUCUCUUGGGUCACGGCGGGCGUCACCGUGGGCAGCUGUGAUGUAGGGCAGACCCGGCACGAGAAGCCUCCCUCUCCUCCACGGCUCCAGAGCCCCAGCGAGAGCGAGGACCUCGGGGGCGACUCGGACUUCCUUGUGGAGACGUCAGACUACACCCAGACAUCGUCCUCCCCGUCACUUGUAAGAAACUCGAACUGUCGGACGUACAGGAGGCCCACCAAGCAGGGCUCUGGCAAAGCCUCGGACUCCAGCGCAGUUUUUGGCACAGAUCCUCCCAAAUCCACAUCUGACAGCAGUAAUAAGACGACGGGUGGUGGAGGGGGACGGGGACGGGGCAGGACGAGGGACUACACGGUGCUGCACCCUUCUUCAGUGUCGAUGUGUAACGUCACCAUCCAGGACCGAGGAGUGGAGGAGUUUAGCACUGAUGCGGCGCCCUCUAGCGGGAGCAGCGGUGCUGGGUCCGGCACUACGACGGAGCUGGGAGAGGUGGGAUGGCAGCGGAAGAAGACGGAACAACAAAACACGAGGUUCAGGCAGACCCAGACCAAGUCAAAGAAGGACAGCAAGCUGGACCUGUUCGGCUUCGAGGACGCAGACGUGCGUCAGGAGGACAGCGGCGCAGACAGCGCAGACGGCGGCUCCAGUUACAAGAUCAAAUACUUCGGCUUUGAUGACAUGAGCGACAGUGAUGGCGCCGAUGAAGGCGACGACGACGGCGGCUCUAAACAGAGGAGGAGGGCCAAGAAGGCUGCCGUCGCCAAGGUAACCCCGGUGGUUACCGCGGAAGAGAUACCAGAUUACGAAACACCAGAUUAUGAACCGCCGGAUCCGUUUGAGAGGCUGGAAGUUCGCGAAAGACCGGCAGUCAAGGAGAACAAGAAGUACUCUGAGAGGCAGGAAAGCAGGAUACGAUCAGACGUCCUGGACUUCUCAGAAGAAGGCCUCAGAGUGGUGGCUGGGCCCCCCACCAGGAGACCGCCUCAGGGCAAAGCGACCGAGAAGAACCCCGAUUCCUUCCGGAGGAUCUUCAGCGCACAGAAAAAGUCUCCCACCAAAGCUGUGUACAACGCCAGACACUGGACGCUGGAGAACGAGGAGGAGCCACCUCCAUCUUUCUUCUCGCGGUCACAGACGACUCCUGCACCGAUCUCAGCAGGAGGAUCCAGUAAGCAGACCUCCGAUGCUCCGAAGGAUGACGGAGUCUUUAAGGCUCCUCCACCUCCACCCAAGGUCACCAAGUGUGUCACCCUCCCCACGGAUCUCUACCAGGACACCGUCACUGCACUCAAAUGCCGCAAGGAGCACAAGGAGCUGUAUACAGUCGUUCAGCACGUGAAGCACUUCAAUGACGUGGUGGAGUUCGGUGAGAACCAGGAGUUCACCGACGACUUUGAAUAUCUGGCUACCGGUCUGAAGAGUGGACAACCUCUCAACACACGCUGCCUUAGUGUGAUCAGCCUGGCGACACGCUGUGCCAUGCCCAGCUUCAGGAUGCACCUCAGGGCCCGAGGGAAGGUGGCUCAGGUCUUCAAAACACUCAACGACGCCCCGCAGCACACGAAUCUGGCUCUGUGCACGGCGUCUCUCAUGUACAUCCUCAGCAGAGACCGCUUGAACAUGGAUCUGGACCGGUCAUGUCUGGACCUGAUGAUCCGACUGCUGGAGCUGGACCAAGACCAGGGCACCGCUGCCGUGGCGGACACCAGCGCUCAGUUCAGCGCCAGGGAGAUCGCCAAGAUGAAGGAGAAGAUCAGGAAGCUCUGUGACACCGUGCACAACAAACACCUGGACCUGCAGAACAUAACGACGGGUCACUUAGCCAUGGAGACAUUACUGUCUCUGACUUCAAAGCGAGCGGGAGACUGGUUCAAAGAGGAGCUACGGCUGCUGGGAGGACUGGACCACAUCGUGGAUAAAGUGAAGGAGUGUGUCAAUAACUUAAACCAGGAGGACGACAAGGAGAAGCUGGUGUCGUCCCUGUGGGGAGCCGAGAGGUGUUUACGGGUGUUGGAGAGUGUGACGGUCCAUAACCCGGAGAACCAGAGCUACUUGAUCGCCUACAAAGACUCAUCACUCAUCAUCUCCUCUGCAAAGGCGCUGAGCAGGUGUGAGGAGAUGAUCCAGCGUUACAGCAGAGAGCUGAACUCAGACGGAGCCGUGGUGGGCAAAGCAGUGGAGGACUGUAUGAGGGCCAUCAUAGGAGUCCUGCUCAACCUGACUCAUGACAACGAGUGGGGCAGCACGAAGACAGGAGAACAAGAAGAUUUAAUAGUGACUGCUCUGAACUGUGUUCUCAAAGUCCCUCAGUAUCUUCCACAGGAGCAGAGGUUCGACAUCCGAGUACUGGGUCUGGGCCUGCUGAUCAACCUGGUGGAGUACAGUGCCAGGAACAAGUACUGUCUGAUGGAGAUGGAGAUGGAGGGAGGUCAGGGUCCCUGCAACUCCACCGUGUUGCUGAACGCUCCGCUUCAGGACGUCACGAGCAGCGGGCCGCUGAGCGCCAUCGCUGCGCUCGUCCAGCUCUUCCUCCAGCGAGAGCGUGCGGCUGUCCUGGCCGAGGCGCAGACGGACGACCUCAUCAAGGAACCACCGAAGCCUCCCCUGGACCAGAGCGGCGAGUGGCAGGAGACGGGCGGGGAGAUCCAGUGGGUCGCCAACGACAACGCCAACGACAACAACAAUGACUCGGACCGACAGGACGCCGCCAAGAAGAAGGAGAAGGACGAGGAGGACGAGGAGCUGGACCUCAACAAAGCUCUGCAGCAUGCAGGGAAGCACAUGGAGGACAGCAUCGUGGCCUCAUACACAGCACUGCUGCUGGGCUGCCUGUGUCAGGGGAGCCCGUUGAAUGUGACUACUGUGAGGGAGAACCUGCCAAAAGGAGAUUUCUCCAUCAUGACAGAAAUGCUGAAAAAGUUCCUCAACUUCAUGAACCUCACGUGUGACGUCGGCACCGCAGGACAGAAGUCCAUCUCCAGGAUCAUUGACUAUCUGGAGCACUGCUAGAGAGAAGCCUGUCUCACACACACACACACACACACACACACACACACACACCAUCUCCUUCACCUUUGUCAGCAUCCUUCAUCAUCACCUCUGAUAAGUCACUGCUGAAGCGCGUUUCUUUGCCCACACGUCGUCCUCGUCCUCCACUCUUAUUAUUAUUUCAAAGAUGAACAUUAAUGUGGCGUCAUGAAGUUGCCCCGCCCCCUCGCCUCUUUAAAGAUACGUCCACGUCAGUAUUUUUCUUUCUCUUCGUCCCUUUUCUGGCGUUUCGAUGUAUUUCCUGUCAGAGUUUCGUCUUCUUCCGUCACCUGCUCGUCGAGCUGUCUUUUUCUCCAGCCUGUCAUCGAAGCCUCGCAGCCCUCAGCUCUGCCUCCCGAGCUGAUAAUCGCCAAAACAACUCGAGUGGUUAGAAGAAAAAACAACUACUGACCAAAAUAAUUGCUCUACACGCUGUGUUCUUCUUCUUCUUCUUCUUCUUCUUUUUGCUGCUCUGACCUCUCCUCUCUGUCUGAAGGAGGCCGGUUUGAGGCAGAUAAAUCAAAAGUAUUGAUCUGUUCUGGCCCCGGAGGGCAGCGGUGGCAGGAGUUCAGGCGCUGGAUUGCAGGCUUUUGUGAAGUUCAGGUGGUAUUUUAAGUGAAAGUUGGCAUGGGGUCUGUUUUUAGGUGGUUCCCGUCUGUAUUUAGGCAGAAGUGUUACCUCUUCAACCUCUGCAGCAAACCAGCUGAUCUUAAAUUGCUCGCGCUUCUCCCAGCAUGCCGAGCGCUUUCAGACGCACCCGAGUGACCCUCGAGGUCGUUUAAACUUUUGAAACCACCUUAAAGUAGAAACUUUGGAACAAUCGAUCGCCGUCUCACUCCACAUCAAAGCUUUGUGUCUCGGUGGGACCUGAACCCUCCGGACCAGAACCUGUCGUCCUCCAGGUCCUUUCAAUUUACCGCCCUCGUGUGUGUGUGUGUGUGUGUGUCUGUGUGUGUGUCUUUGUGUGUGAGAAUGUGUGAAUGUGCAAUUACAGCACAAAGGCAGCCGAGGCGCCGUGGCCCCAGGGGUGAGGACGAGCUGCUGCUUGUUGUUUGAGUCGAGCCAUCAGAGUUCGUGUCGAUACGAUUCUGUGAGAGCUCGACUGUUUUUCUUUCUGCUGGAUCAAACGUGAUUCCGAAUCCGAGUGUGAGUGAACCGACACGCGCGUCUUCAUCCUCCUCCAGCAGCAUCAUCAUCAUCAUCACACGUACGCGCUCACGCUCAUGAAUGCUUCUGUUCGGUUAUUAGUAAAGAGGCUCUCGUGAAAAAUGUGGCUGCGAGUCGAUAAAAAGUUUAUUUUAUUAAAUGUUUUUUUAAAGAAGGUGAAAUGCCAAAAAAAAAAAAA